UUGACAUCCACCAGAGGAGUUCGUGCGUGCGAUCGACUGACAGACCAGUGGACACGGACGGCGGCGGCGACCUUCAUCUCCUCUUCCAUCGCCUCGCCGUCGCCGGCGGAGAAACCCUGCUGCCCCGCCGUCUCUCUCCCUCUACUUCCGUUCUCCCUCGCUGAUCUCGGUUGCCUUUCAAGUUCCGUUCUCCCUCGCUGAUCUCGCUUCUGACACUCGCGACGCUCCAGAAUUGAACCGGGCUCUGUUGAUGGGCAGCUUGCGCGCUCCGCCGCCGCCGCCGCUCGUCAGAAGCGCAAGGGUUGGAUUCAGUUCAGGGCUCCGUCUUGCCUCCUCCAGAGCCCUCAAAUACAGAGGGUUAAGUACCAGUUGCGCAAUGAAGUCGUAUAGGUUGUCCGAGCUCAGCGACGCUGAGGUUAGCGACCUCAAGGCACGUCCCCGCAUUGACUUCACUUCAAUUUUCGGCACGGUGAAUCCGAUUGUUGAGGAUGUGCAUGUGAGAGGCGAUGCUGCAGUGAAGGAUUAUACAGAAAAGUUUGACAAGGUCAUGCUCGAUGAUGUGGUUAUGCGCGCUAGCGAUCUUCCGGAUGCAGAGCUUGAUCCAGCUGUGAAGGAAGCCUUCGACGUGGCAUAUGAAAAUAUUUAUGCCUUCCAUGUUUCACAAAAGUUGCCUGAGAAGACUGUUGAGAAUAUGAAAGGGGUAAGAUGUAAAAGAAUAACAAGAUGCAUUGGCUCUGUCGGGCUUUAUGUCCCAGGUGGCACUGCAGUCUUGCCUUCAACUGCAUUGAUGCUUGCUGUGCCUGCACAGAUUGCUGGAUGCAAAACCAUUGUUCUUGCCACACCACCUAGUCGUGAUGGUAGCAUAUGUAAGGAGGUUCUUUACUGUGCAAAAAAAACUGGUGUUACACACAUAUUGAAGGCUGGAGGAGCUCAGGCGAUCUCAGCUAUGGCAUGGGGAACUGCAUCAUGCCCUAAGGUAGAGAAAAUUUUUGGGCCUGGGAACCAGUAUGUCACGGCAGCCAAAAUGAUUCUUCAGAACAGUGAAGCCAUGGUAUCUAUAGACAUGCCUGCUGGCCCUUCAGAAGUUCUAGUCAUUGCUGAUAAAUAUGCAAACCCAAUUCAUGUUGCUGCAGAUCUGCUAUCACAGGCAGAACACGGCCCGGAUAGUCAGGUUGUUCUAGUUAUUGCUGGAGAUGGUGUUGAUUUGGGUGCCAUUGAAGCAGAAGUUAGCAAGCAGUGCAAUGCUCUUCCAAGAGGUGAAUUUGCUUCAAAAGCACUUAGCCACAGUUUUACUGUGUUUGCCAGAGAUAUGGAUGAGGCAAUAUCAUUCUCAAAUCUGUAUGCUCCUGAGCAUUUGAUCAUCAAUGUAAAGGAUGCUGAGCAAUGGGAGGAGCUCAUCGAGAAUGCAGGAUCAGUUUUCUUGGGGCAAUGGACCCCGGAGAGCGUGGGUGAUUAUGCAAGUGGAACGAACCAUGUCCUUCCAACCUACGGUUAUGCGAGGAUGUACAGCGGAGUAUCACUGAACUCUUUCCUCAAAUACAUUACCGUCCAAUCCCUAACAGAGGAAGGGCUGAGAAGGCUGGGUCCUUACGUCGCAAAGAUGGCCGAAGUCGAAGGGCUCGAGGCCCACAAGAGAGCUGUUACCCUCAGGCUGCAAGAGGCGGAGGCCACUGUGACUGUCUAGCUACUGCCAUGAUCCAUUCUAGUGUCCAAACUUGGUGUGAAUGACAAGAUCUUGGGACAUUUUGUUUCCUUUUCGAGGCAAAUGCUCUAAGGCUGCGUUUGGGACACUGGAAUUUCCCCCGAUUCCUGUGGGAAUUUAACCAUUGAUGUGUUCCAAACCGGCCCUGGCUUGUUAGAAAGAGGUGCUUCAACUGGUGUAUCAAAAAAAAUUCACGUCAUUCCGCCCGUGUUCUGGGACUUAACCAGCGCAUAACUUAUUUUGACUA